GCCUGGCCAGGCACUCAGGACACCUGCCCCGGCCCCAUCAUGCUCAGAACACGCACCACCUCCGCUGUGCUCCAGCCCCCCUCUCGACCCACCCCACCUGGCAACAGCAGCGAGGAGGAGGCACUGGACACCCGGGAUCCGCUGCUAGCCCAGGCAGAGCUGGCCCUGCUCUCCACGGUCUUUGUGGCUGUGGCCCUGAGCAAUGGCUUGGUGCUGGGAGCUCUAGUGCGGCGGGGCCGGCGGGGCCACUGGGCACCCAUGCACGUCUUCAUCGUCCACUUAUGCUUGGCUGACCUGGCCGUGGCUCUGUUCCAAGUGCUGCCCCAGCUGGCCUGGGAUGCCACCGAUCGCUUCCGUGGGCCUGAUGCCCUGUGCCGGGCAGUCAAGUACCUGCAGAUGGUGGGCAUGUAUGCCUCCUCCUACAUGAUCCUGGCCAUGACGCUGGACCGUCACCGCGCCAUCUGCCACCCCAUGCUGGCAUACCGCCACGGAGGUGGAGCUCGCUGGAACCGGCCUGUACUGGUGGCCUGGGCCUUCUCGCUUCUUCUCAGCCUGCCCCAGCUCUUCAUCUUCGCCCAGCGUGACGUGGGAGAUGGCAGCGGGGUCUUCGACUGUUGGGCCCACUUUGCCGAGCCCUGGGGCCUCCGUGCCUAUGUCACUUGGAUCGCCCUAAUGGUGUUUGUGGCACCAGCCCUGGGCAUCACCGCCUGCCAGGUGCUCAUCUUCCGGGAGAUUCAUGCAAGCCUGGUGCCAGGGCCGGCAGAGAGGGCUGGGGGGCACCGCGGAAGGCACCGGAGAGGCAGUCCCAGAGAGGGAGCCCGGGUGUCAGCAGCCAUGGCCAAGACCGUGAGGAUGACGCUGGUGAUUGUGAUUGUCUAUGUGCUGUGCUGGGCGCCCUUCUUCCUCGUGCAGCUGUGGGCAGCGUGGGACCCAGAGGCACCUCGGGAAGGGCCCCCUUUCGUGCUGCUCAUGUUGCUAGCCAGCCUCAACAGCUGCACCAACCCCUGGAUCUACGCCUCCUUCAGUAGCAGCGUCUCCUCAGAGCUGCGCAGCCUGCUCUGCUGGGCCCGGAGGCGUGCCCCACCCAGCCCAGGGCCCCAAGAUGAGUCCUGUGCCACUGCCAGCUCCUUCCUGGCCAAGGACACUUCCUCCUGAGAAGCCAGGGGGCGCCUUCCUUCCAGAGGCUCUACCAAGUUCAGCUGCCUGCCUGAGGCUGGCCCUAGGGGCUACUGGGAGGGGGGCCGAUUGGGAAUUGGCUCCGGGAUUGUGAGGGGCCCCAGAGGUCAGCUCCUUGGUGC